AUGAGGCCGUGCAACCGUGGAGCCCAGAUGCUCAUGACUACAGCUGGAGCUUUCACCGCUUUCAGCCUCAUGACCAUCGCAGUAGGAACGGAUUACUGGCUUUACUCACCCGGGGUGUGUCGCACCGAGAGCUCAGGAGACAAUGAGACGAGCCAAAAGAACGAAGAAGUGCUCACGCAUUCGGGCCUCUGGCGUCAGUGCUGCAUGGAGGGCCUAUUCACAGGUGUGUGUAAAAACAUUGAUCAUUUUCCAGAAGAUGCUGAAUAUGAACAAGAUGCAGCAGACUACUUGCUUCGAGCAGUACGUGCCUCCAGUCUGUUCCCUAUCCUGAGCGUUGGGCUGCUGUUCAUUGGUGGCGUGUGUGUUGCUGCCAGUGAGUUCUACAAAAACCGCCAUAACGUCAUCCUGGGUGCAGGAAUAUUCUUCGUCUCUGCUGGUCUCAGUAACAUUAUCGGGAUCAUUGUGUACAUUUCCGCUAACGCCGGAGAUCCGACCCAGAGCGAGUCUAAACGGAGUCACUGGUACGGCUGGAGCUUCUACUGCGGCGCGCUGUCCUUCAUCAUGGCGGAGACGGUGGGCGCGCUCACAGUGCACCUUUUCAUCGACUCGCACCGCACGCGCACCUUCCGCUGCGGGCCCCGGAACCGCGUGCACGCGUCGCUCCAAAGCCGCCGCUCCACGAGCUACCGCUCGCGCUACCGCGGCCACGCGCACGUUCUCCCGCGCUCGCCGGUCGGCAGCCGCCCGAGUAACGACGAGGUCGCGCUGAGUUCACUCCGUUACGCGCCUGUCUCGUGCCCUGCGCUCGCGCACUACAUCACAGCGGAGAACGGACACGGCUUUCACGCGCACAGCUAUGGCUUACAUCACGAAAACUCAUGCGCGCUCCCGCUGAAGAAAAAGUGCGCGCUCCCGCCUCUGAGCAGCAUCAGUGGCAGCACGAGGAGAACCACACCGGUGUGAGAUCAUUAACCUGAUCAUCAGUCAUUAACAUUUAUAAAUAACAUUUAUUAUAUUUAUAAAUCUACAUUAGUAAUAAUCUGUAUGUUUGUCUCGUGCACAUAGAUGUUUACAGACCUGUAAGGAGGAAGGGGAAUAUAUUAUACUGUGUAGUUCAGGAAAGGAGAGAGAGAGAGAGAGAGAGAGAGAGAGAGAGAGAGAGAGAGAGACAGAGAGAGAGAGAGAGAGAGAGAGAGAGAGAGAGAGAGAGA